AUGUCCGACUCCCAUUACCGAGUCGAAAGCUUCGGCAAUGAAAAUCUUUCGCACCUUUUUGAUAAUUCCCUAUUCGCUCUCAUGAUCUCGAGUGACUUCGGACCUUAUUCGCCGAACAACAAAGCACUGAAAAGCUUUUUCGAUUACAUUCAGGCUGGACGGGAGCUUUGUGAUGCAACUGCAUCGCGUGAGACGCCGAUCAAACAGAGAGCCGCUUUGAAAGUUCUUCGUUGUCUCCAUACCAACCUCGAAAGAGAAAUCGAUUGGUUCGGCUCUUAG